UUCCGGAUCGGUCUAUUAGUCCGUGACGCAAUGUACGAUUAAUUCACGACAAACGAUAAACAGAAACGAGUUUCCAUCGGCUACGAUAAAAACGGUACGAUCUAUCGAAGGAUUCAGUCGACAUAAUGGAGGGUCUCAGCGAAGGCGACAAAGCUGUCUUGAACACCAUUUUCGAUCCUCUGCAGCCGCUCGGUCUGUCCGAUUUUCCGAAGGAAUUUGAAACGACGGAUGACCUCGAGGAAAAUUACUUAGAGCCACACGUGUUAGACAUCGUGAAAAAGGCAAUUAUUUGCGCCGAAGAGAAGAACUUCGACGAGUCGUUCCAACUUUUCGACAAAGCUUUGACACAAGCUCCCGAAUCGCCGUCGAUUUUGAACGAUAGAGCGCAAGCAUUGCGCUUGGCGAAUCGAGACGAAGAAGCUUUGAAAGAUCUGCACAAGGCGGUGGACUUGAGCAAAGGCAAAGGAAGGGCGGGUAUCCAAGCGCUCUGCCAACGCGGCGCUCUUUAUCGGUGGAUGAAGCAAGAUGACGAAGCCAAGGAAGACUUCAUUCGGGCGGCCAGGGCUGGUUCGAGCUUCGCGAAAUCGCAAUUGGUCGCGAUGAAUCCUUACGCGGCUAUGUGCAAUGCGAUGCUGCGUGAGAUUACGUCCAAGGCCAGCGGUCCUUAAUCUAGUGAGGGAUCGUAUUUCAAAACAACGAUUACUUAAUAGAUAACGCUUUAUUUUGUUUUUAUUUCGAUAUAGAUUAAUCCACGACUGAUAUACCUACAAAUAUCCUGACGUAAUAAUAAUGUCGUAAAAGUAUAAUCAUAAUAUUAAUAAUAAUAAUAAAUCUUAGAGAAAUUUCGCAUAAAAAUAUAAAUUAUUUGUCUGUAAAUUCGAAAUAUACCAUUUCUGUAAAAUUGCAUCUAAUUCUGGCUAAAAAAGGAACUCGCGCUAAAUCGGCGAA